UGGGUUCAACGCCGAGCUAACAUCCCGACGCCUUUUAGUCAGUUUCGCGACGGACGCGGUAUGUGAAUAUCACAAACACAUUUGAAUACGAUCUUGAGCCGUGUUGUUUUUUUUAGUGGUUUUUUUUUUUAAUGAUAACAAUACACUUUAUGUUAUUGCAGCCCUGAGAAGGGCUGCAUUAUGAACUUCGAGAUUCGUCUGUGUGUAGCAAUCGCCUGUGAUCGGUCACAGGGUACAGCGCAGAGGCAGAAGAAGAGUGAUGCGCAAGACCAGUGGUGUCGAUUGACGGCUGCACCGCGACAGCGACUACGAUGAGCACAGUGGGGGUUGGGGGGCCCGCUGGAUCGGCGGCGAGUCCCCCUCAAGCCCAACUGCAGGCCCAACAGCAGCCUGCGGCCCCCAAAAGACCCCCGCGACGAGUACAAAAACCGCCGCCCGAUCGCCCCAAACGCGCGCUCUUCUGUCUCUAUCUUAAGAACCCCAUUAGGAAAAUGUGCAUUGAUGUUGUAGAAUGGAAACCCUUCGAAUGGUUGAUAUUAAUGACGAUUUUUGCAAACUGUGUAGCUCUGGCUGUAUACACACCAUUUCCUAAUGGCGAUUCUAACACGACAAAUGCGUAUUUGGAAAAGAUAGAAUACAUCUUUUUAGUUAUUUUUACGGCAGAAUGUAUCAUGAAAAUCAUCGCCUAUGGGUUUUUGAUGCAUCCAGGAGCGUAUUUAAGAAACGGCUGGAAUUUACUAGAUUUUACAAUUGUAGUUAUAGGUAUGAUAAGCACGGCCCUCUCAUUUUUAACAAGAGACAGCUUCGACGUGAAAGCUCUAAGGGCAUUUAGGGUAUUACGUCCUUUGAGACUUGUUUCUGGAGUCCCCAGUUUACAGGUUGUCUUAAAUUCAAUUCUUCGUGCCAUGGUGCCUUUAUUACAUAUUGCUCUAUUGGUAUUAUUUGUUAUUAUUAUUUACGCCAUUAUUGGACUAGAGUUAUUCUCAGGACAGAUGCAUAAGACUUGUUUUCAUAACAGCACAGGGGAUCAAAUGGAAGGGGCCCAUCCAUGUGGAGAUGGAUUUGAUUGCAAAGAUAUAUCUGCAGAAUAUACUUGUAGAUAUGAAUGGGAAGGGCCAAAUUCAGGAAUUACGAAUUUCGAUAAUUUUGGUUUAGCUAUGCUAACAGUAUUUCAAUGUAUUACACUCGAAGGAUGGACGGAUGUACUUUACAAUAUACAAGAUGCACUAGGCCGUGAAUGGCAGUGGUCAUAUUUUGUUUCUAUGGUUAUAUUAGGAGCCUUUUUUGUUAUGAAUUUAAUUCUUGGUGUCCUCAGCGGAGAGUUUUCCAAAGAAAGAGAAAAAGCAAAAGCCAGGGGUGACUUUCACAAGCUCAGAGAAAAGCAACAGUUAGAAGAAGAUCUCCGAGGGUAUUUAGACUGGAUUACCCAAGCUGAGGACAUUGAGCCCGAAGGAGAGGACCAACAAAACCAAGACCAAAGAAACAACAUGGCCAACGAAAUGGCCUCAACUGAUCAGCUGGGAGAAGAGGAGAUCCAGCAAGAGUCUUGGUCGACUAAAAAGAAAAAAGACUUUGACAGAGUUAACAGGCGGAUACGUAGGGCCUGUAGAAAAGCUGUCAAAUCACAAACGUUUUAUUGGUUAAUUAUUGUUUUAGUAUUUUUAAAUACUGGUGUUUUGGCGACAGAACACUAUGAACAACCUCCAUGGUUGGAUGAUUUCCAAGAAUACACAAAUAUGUUUUUUAUAGCCCUGUUCACUUUAGAAAUGCUGUUAAAGAUGUAUAGUUUGGGUUUUCAAGGUUAUUUUGUAUCGUUGUUUAAUCGUUUCGAUUGUUUUGUUGUCAUUGGAAGUAUAACCGAAAUGGUUUUGACGCAUACCAAUAUUAUGCCCCCACUGGGUAUUUCUGUGUUACGUUGUGUAAGAUUGUUACGGGUUUUCAAGGUGACAAAAUAUUGGCGGUCAUUAUCAAAUUUGGUGGCUUCGUUAUUAAAUUCAAUUCAAUCAAUUGCAUCGUUGUUGCUUCUGCUGUUUUUGUUUAUCGUUAUUUUUGCCCUAUUGGGAAUGCAAGUAUUUGGUGGCAGAUUCAAUCGAAAAACCGAAGAGAAAACGAGAUAUAACUUUGAUAGUUUUUGGCAAAGUUUGUUAACGGUAUUCCAGAUACUUACUGGUGAGGAUUGGAAUGCCGUUAUGUACGAAGGAAUCGAAGCGUAUGGAGGUGUUAAAGGUUUUGGAGCAUUAGCAUGUAUAUAUUACAUCAUCCUUUUUAUUUGUGGUAACUAUAUUCUUCUAAAUGUGUUCUUGGCCAUCGCUGUGGAUAAUUUAGCAGAUGCAGAAUCUUUAACAGCAAUUGAAAAAGAAGAAGAAGAGAAAGAGCUAGAGGAAAAAAGAUCUAAAAGUCCCACUCCUAUUCAGGAGGAAGAAGAAGUUGAAGAAGAACAAAGCUUAGAUGAUGAAAUGGAAGACGAGCAAUAUUCAGAAAGAUCAUACCACGAUGAAGACGAAGAAACAAAGUCCCAUACAAAAAUUGGUAUGGAUGACGAAGAAGAAGACGAAGAUGUUGAACAAAACGAAGACGGGGAUUUGGACGAUGAUGAUGUGGUGAUUCCCAAAGAAUCGGCUAGACCUCGAAGGUUGUCCGAGGUCACUAUAAUUAAGAAAAUCAAGCCCAUUCCAAAAGGCAGUGCCUUUUUUAUAUUUACCUAUAGAAACAGGUUCCGUGUAUUAUGCCAUUGGUUAUGCAACCACUCGUAUUUUAGCAAUUUAAUUUUGGUCUGCAUCUUGGUUUCAUCUGCUCUACUAGCCUUAGAAGACCCAAUUCCAGAUAAAGACAAUAAAAAAGCUGAAGUUUUAUCCAUGUUUGACUACCUUUUUACUGGCAUAUUUUCAAUAGAAUUACUUUUAAAGACUAUUUCGUAUGGAUGUAUUCUCCACCAGGGGGCCUUUUUUCGAUCUGCCUUCAACGUUUUGGAUUUAGUUGUCGUUUGCGUUUCAUUGGUCUCAAUCUUUAACAGUCAAGGAGCAAUGUCAGUAGUGAAAAUUCUUAGAGUAUUGCGAGUACUGAGGCCUCUCAGGGCCAUAAAUCGUGCAAAGGGACUUAAGCAUGUAGUCCAAUGUGUGAUAGUCGCGGUUAAGACCAUAGGCAAUAUUCUGAUGGUCACAAGCCUUCUACAGUUCAUGUUCGCGGUAAUUGGAGUCCAGUUGUUUAAGGGUAAGUUUUCUCACUGCACGGACGGUUCGAAGCUCACAGCUGGAGAAUGCAAUGGCACGUACCUUAUUUACUUGGAUGGUGAUAUAAAUAAGCCCGUUAUGAAAGACAGAGAAUGGGAACCUAAUAGAUUUCAUUUCGAUAAUGUAGCGAAGGCAAUGCUGACAUUAUUCACAGUCUCAACUUUUGAAGGUUGGCCUGGAUUAUUAUACGUGUCUAUCGACUCAAAUGAUGAAAACAAAGGACCAAUACACAAUUACCGCCCUAUAGUAGCGGCUUAUUACAUUAUUUAUAUAAUUAUUAUCGCGUUUUUCAUGGUUAACAUAUUCGUCGGUUUCGUUAUUGUUACAUUCCAGAACGAGGGUGAGCAAGAAUACAAGAAUUGCGAACUAGAUAAGAACCAGAGAAACUGUAUAGAAUUUGCAUUAAAAGCCAAGCCUGUAAGAAGAUACAUUCCUAAACACCGAAUACAAUAUAAAGUCUGGUGGUUUGUUACGUCGAAGCCUUUCGAGUACGCCAUUUUUACUUUGAUUAUAAUAAACACUAUAACGUUGGCAAUGAAGUUUCAUGGGCAGCCUGAUGAAUAUGGAAAUGUUUUGGAUUACUUGAACAUGAUAUUUACUGCUGUUUUUGCCAUGGAAUUCGUUUUUAAACUAGCUGCUUUUAGAACAAAAAAUUACUUUGGAGACGCAUGGAACGGUUUUGAUUUUAUUAUAGUUUUGGGAAGUUUUAUAGAUAUCGUUUAUCAAGACGUUAGCCCUCCUGGUCAGCCAAAAAUUAAGUUUUCUGGUAAUUUCUUUCGGUUAUUUCGUGUCAUGAGACUGAUCAAACUACUCAGUCGAGGAGAAGGUAUACGGACACUUUUAUGGACAUUCUUCAAAUCCUUCCAAGCACUUCCAUAUGUAGCGUUGCUAAUUGUUAUGUUGUUCUUUAUUUAUGCUGUUAUCGGGAUGCAGAUGUUUGGAAAAAUCGAAAGUAAUGAUCUGGAGUCCGAAUCUUCGUUAUCACGAAAUAAUAAUUUCGCAUCGUUUUUUCAAGCAGUUUUAGUAUUGUUUAGAUCUGCAACAGGAGAAGCUUGGCAAGAAGUGAUGAUGGAUUGUGCGGAUACUAAGAAAGCCCGAUGUGAUAGAAGACUUAAUCGGCAACCGGGCGAACCUCAACUUUGUGGCUCCGAUACGGCGUACCCAUAUUUUAUUUCAUUCUAUGUAUUAUGUUCAUUUUUGAUUAUAAAUUUGUUUGUAGCUGUAAUUAUGGACAAUUUCGACUAUUUAACAAGAGACUGGUCAAUUCUUGGACCACAUCAUUUAGACGAAUUCAUAAGGUUGUGGAGCGAGUACGAUCCGGACGCAAAGGGUCGUAUCAAGCACUUAGAUGUUGUUACCCUACUUAGAAAAAUUUCCCCUCCUCUAGGUUUCGGUAAAUUAUGUCCUCAUCGCGUAGCGUGUAAGCGAUUAGUUUCGAUGAACAUGCCGUUAAAUAGCGACGGGACAGUGUUGUUUAACGCCACAUUGUUUGCCGUUGUACGGACGUCUUUGCGCAUAAAAACGGAAGGCAACAUCGACGACGCAAAUUCGGAAUUACGGGCUGUUAUUAAAAAAAUUUGGAAAAGAACUAGUCCUAAAUUGCUAGACCAAGUUGUGCCCCCACCUGGGGUUGAUGAUGAAGUGACCGUUGGUAAAUUUUACGCGACAUUCUUAAUACAAGACUAUUUUCGACGAUUCAAGAAAAGAAAGGAACAGGAACUUAAGGAUGGAGAUAAAGACCAGCAUAAUACUGUAACUCUUCAGGCAGGUCUAAGAACUCUCCAUGAAGCUGGACCAGAAUUAAAGAGAGCUAUUUCUGGAAAUCUUGAUGAACUUAUUGAUGAUAAUCCCGAACCAAUGCACCGGCGUAACCACUCAUUAUUUGGCAGUGUAUGGUCUUCAAUGAAACGCGGUCACAGUUUCACCAGGGCAAAAUCUCUGAAACUGAAUUCCACUCAAAUAAAGAUAACUCCGGCUUCCAGUAUAGAUUAUUUGCCUUACAAUUCUAUCAAAAAUGCAGUUACUGAAGGAAUGAAUCACAUCACAUCCAUCACUAAAAACGUGGUCCAGAACAAAGCUAUCGCCACAUCAUUGAAUGAUAGAUACCGAGACGAAGAAAUUCCUUUGAGAUCACUCACAAAUUUGCAUAAUGGUGAUCCUGAGAAGAGCAUGUAUACUGUUAUCGAUCUUCAGGGCGAUAGUCAAGAGCUAAUGCCGCCAACGCCGCCCCCUCGAAGGGUGUCUCCUUUUGGGGAGUUCCAUCAACAGUCACCUAGUACACCCAGCGGCGGCUUUACUCGUAUUGCAAGUGGCCUCAAGCUCGCCCAAGCACAAGCCAUGGCAGUGGCUGGGUUUCUACCUGCCCAGCCUAGAUGGCUUGUUGAACGUGAACAUGGAACAAGCUCAGGUCUACACCCUUACCAAGCGAUGGAUUUCCAGUCAACAACGGACGAAAGGCAUGCGCGUUGCUGCCUUCUUAACCACAGAGCGUCUUUUCACGGCCGAGUUCCAGUAUCACCUGGUGAGCCUAACGGUCAUGUGGCCAACGAAAGGCUAACUCACUCACUGCCAGGAAGUCCAGCUGAAAGAAGACCUCCGUCCUUCGAAGUCGUUGGUUCAGCUGAAAGUCUUGUUGGUCGGAUAUUGGUUGAGCAAGGUUUAGGCAAAUUUUGCGAUCCAGAAUUUGUGAGAAAUACUUCAAAAGAGAUGCAAGAAGCUCUAGAUAUGACUCAAGAAGAAAUGGAUCGUGCGGCACAUCAGUUACUGCAGCACGAGCGACAGCUCAAAAGUAGUCGCGGUGGACAAUCCAGCCCCAUAGAAUGCCAUGUACCUUCUGAUCAAUUAUAGCAGCCCCUAUAACAUCUUACCGCCACUCUACUAAGUGCCUAAAUUUUUCUUCUGGUCCAAGGAAGACUAAAAUAUAAUUAUUAAUGAGUAGUUUUUUAACCUCAAUGGAUUGUUUCUCUGCGUUAUCAGUCGACCAACAUAAUGAAAUUGUUGUUUCUUUAUUAAGAUCUUUGUCUACCCAUAUUAGAUAAAUAAUUAAUUGUUACACAUUUAGAUUAGAAAAAUCACUAUUUAUUCAUCAAUGUAGGGGUUUUGUUGUUUGUCUAGGGAAAAAUAAAACGGCGUAGAUAUUGAAGAAUAUUAGGUACCUACUAACGCUUUGGUCAGAUAGGUAUCGUCAAAGACUCAGUAUGUCACAAAAACUGACAACACAGGUACCUAAUUAAUUAUUCCAAUAACACCCUAUCAAUGGCAAAACCUUCAGGUAAUUAUUAUUACAUAUUAUACUCGUCGGUUCGCCAUUCUUCUCCAGGCGACGAUGACCAAGCCAUCGUCGUCGUACUGCCCGUGACCUAAAUAUCUGACAGAUACUGAGAACCGAGAGCUGUAAAAAUGUGCCGGCAGGACUUCUCGGCGCUUGAUCCUAAAACAAAAAUAUCAUCCUGUAAAGGCAUACCUACAUAUAGUUGAUACGGUAAGUUUAUUUUGAAUCUCGCUGUACAAAAUAAAUUAAGUAGGUAUUUAGGUACAGAGUGUCCUGCUUCAAAUUAGACAAUAAUAAAUAAUUCCCUUAUUUUCAUUUCAAAAGAAAAGACCUUGUAGGCAAAGCUGUAACUCUUAAAUUAACUUCUUCUUUAGCUAUUCACCAGCUGCGUUGAGGUUAACACUAGUCCCCACGGCUGGAUAAAAGAUACCUAGCGCACAGUUUUUUAAAGGUAGUACACCUGAGUAAAAAGGUUGCUUUCAAAUGAGAGUUGGGGGUGUGGCAGGUUAACUCUAGCCUCCUGCCCUCUUCCUGGCUAAAUUUUUUUCCCCAAAAUGAUAAAGACAUCUAGCAAAACCUAGUCCACCAUUUUUUAGAGCUAGCAUUAUGAACUUUCAAUGGAUAUGUCUCAAAACACACAUUUUCUAAGAGACAGAUAUUUAUAGCGAACAGUACGACUUUAAAUAUUGUAAGCAUUUUUCCCAUUAUUGAGGCGCUAUAGGUCCGAACCAUCUGUGUACUGUUGUGACGCGUUGUCCGUUGGCGUCACUUUAAUCAUCGUCAUAAUAUCAUGUUUUUCCAUGACUGGAGGUCCUAUACUACUAUUUCAAAUAAGUAGUGUGAAUGAAGUCAAGUGAUGCCGACAUUUGAUCUGUUGACUUACUCUGGCAUUCUACUAGCUUUAUGGACUCCAAGAUGUGCAAGUGGCCCAUCAGAUCUCCAGGUUGAAGAUUUUCUACCUAGAAUAGCCUUUAGGCAUUUAUUCUUGCCUCUUUUUUACCCAAAGGUGAAGAGAAGGCAUGUUUUUUCCAUAUAAGGUGCUUAACGUAUUUGUCACUGCAAUGCCUAGUUAAUUUAUUUCUGUCUUUUUUCUCACAUAUCGUUGUUAGGUAGGUAGUUUAUUUUCCACUCUUCCGUUACUUCGUGAUCUAUAUCUAUGUAUGUUUGGGAUAGUUUUGUCAGGUGUUUGUGAAGUUUAUUGCUUCCACACUAUAAGGUUCCCCAUAAUAUAUUUCUUCUAGUCCUGGCUCUCUUCCAUUUUUGAAUAGGUAAACACUGUUUUCCAACUUCUUUCUUCAUUACUCUUAUUGGUGAACCUAGGUAAUAAUAAUAAUAUUAUCUAAAUAUUUUUUAGUAUUCCUCAACUUUCCGACCGGUUGUUUUUUAGUCAGAGAGGCUUGGCUCACGACUAAACUCGCAUGAAGGCUAUCUUUGUUAAACAGGAAGUUUGGGCUAGUGUGUGGGUUGAUCACUGUAGUAUAUUGCAUAAAUUUGAUGGAAUAUUGUCUAAAUGUAUUUUUUUUCCAAGUGAAGCCUGAAUGGAUUUUUCAAGUCUAACUUAAUAUUCUCCUCAUUUCCAAUACAAAAUUAAUCUAAUUUUCAUAAUCUUAGUAGACUUAUGUCAUUGUCAAAGCUGUUUUCGAUAAAUACAGUUUGGCAAACAUUAUCCUUAGCACGAAAACACAAAUUUGUUUUGCAAUAUAAUCUACUGCUGCACGGUUUGGUGUUAACUAGAAUAAACUUGCCAUAAAUAUUCAGGUAAAUACCUACAUACAUUUUUUUUUUUUUUAAUAUUUUCAAAAAUUAGUCAUGGUUUUUAAAUAUUAGACAAGAAUUAUAGACAAAACAAUGUGCUUGUCUUUACUUUCACUUUGACAUUAAAUUCUAUAAGUUUGUUCUUUGUUGAAACUAUUAUUACAAUACAUAGGUACUUACAAAAAAGUAAAAUAUAUAACAAAACAUCCUCUACUCACAAGAUUAAAGCGCCUCUGCGCUGUCAACUAAGAAAUUGUGCCUUGCUAACAGUUCUUGAAAAACUGAAGCUAGAGCAGUAUUGUAGUUCAGUAGACAAAUUUAGGAAAUAUAUUGUUGAAGAUCAUUUUCUUGCAAACUACUUUGAAAUAAAGAAUCAACUAAUAAACGACUUAAAAUGGGAUCAAAAAGGCCGUAUUGUGCCAAAAUUUAGAUUUUUGCUUGGCCAAAUAGUACCUUGUUAAUUUUUAUUGGUUUUUGGGUCAACAAAAUAACAAAUGUAUAAUAUUAAUUUAAAUACCUACUUAAAAAUUAGUCAUCCAGGACAAUCAAAGCAUAUAGGUGCAUUAGGUACAUUAAAAAUUUAUUUUCACUGACAAAAUAAAGUAUCAGCCAUUUUGUAAUUCAGGUAAUUUUCAAAUAUCAUCAAUAUCUGAAUAAACAAACCCCAAAUAAUUUCAGUAGAAUAAAACGAUAAAAUAUACCAAUAAUGGGCAAUAGGGUUAAGCUUAAAGCUUUUUGAGAAAAUGAUGAAUUUAAGAAUCUAUUUUGCAGUCUAAUAAAUUGAAGUUAAUGUAAAUAACUUUAAAUAGAAAGCCCCAUAAUAUACUAUACAAAACUAAAGAAUGCUUGGACUAUAGAUUGCAAAAAUUUAAUGAUUUAAACUACAAAACUCUGUGCCAAGUCGGUAAAAAAAUAACUCCUGAAUGUGCCAACAGGUUACUUUAUUGGACCUGCCCAAAAUGAGGCUAAUUGUAUUUUGUCCCCACAAAAGCAGUUUUCAUUAUUUGAUAAAUAAUGCUCUUAUAAGUUUAUAAAAAAAUUCUUUCAACCUUAGCAGACAUUGUGCCAAUAUCAUAGAUUUUUUCUCAGUAUUGGUACACACCUACCUAAAUUCAAAAUAUCCAGUGCCAAAUUCUUUCUCAAGUGAACUUUUCUAGAUAAGUCACCAGAAAGUGAUUAUAUUAUGGUGCUUCCUAGCAUAAUAUCAAAACAUUGAUGAUGUAUUUUUUUGUUGAAAAAAAGUGAGUGUCGAUUUCCUUCUCCUUUAUAUUAUAGGUAAUGAUGAAUAAUAGUGAUAAAAUACCAAAUUUUAAAUUAAAUUUGUUAUCUACUAAAUAAAUUGUGCUAUUAAUAUUUAGGUAAUUGUGAUAUUAGAAAUUCUUGUAAUUUGUGAAAAACUAUUGUCCUUUUAGUUUCAAUAAUCAAAUUAUAAUACUUUGUCUUACGAGAAUUGACGGUUAUUUUCUAUUUAAAUUACUUAGGUACAUGUAUUUCGCCAGUCAAUAUUUGUGAGACAAGGUAAGGUCGCUAUAGACUCAAACCACCUAAAUUGAAAUUAGACAUAGAAAUUCAAGAAGCUCCAGCAAAAUAAUUGUUGUAGAUUUUGGUCUACGGAUUACCAUAUGUACAGGGUCUGAACAAUUUAGGAAACAUUGCAAUUUUGUAAUAUCAGCUGUGUCAAAAUAUUGAAAUAAAUAAUUACCUAUUUUACUUUUAGGUCUUAUUGAAAAUAGUAAAUUUUUAAGUCUUACAUUUUCUUUCUACUUUACAGAAUACGCAC